CACCACAUUUACUGAUAUAAAUUACGAGAGCAGGUAUUAUUGUCAUUGCAGUUUGUGUAAUGUUGCGUACUGUUAUCAGUGUUACUCGUAGGACAAAGCGAACAUAUUCAUUGCUAUUUACUUUACGAUUUUGAUUUCACGAACGUCAUGUCUAUUCAAGGCUCCUAUGUAACAGCAGCAGUUGCUACUGCUGGUGUGAUUGGGGGCGCGUAUUGUGCCUACAACAUUUACCAAGUGUAUCAGAAACCAACAUUACCAACAGUAUGGAACGAAGUUGGGACUUUGAAAGAUCUCUAUGUGUACCCGAUCAAAUCUUGUGGGCCGAUCAUACUUAAUAAAGCUGAAUGCACAAUUUUAGGACUGAAAGAUGGCUGGUUGCGGGAUCGAGUUCUUAUGGUGGUUGACGAUAAAAACAACUUUAUUACUGCCAGAGCGUACCCUGAGUUAUUGCUUGUGCAUCCCAAAGUCAGAAAUUCAAUUCUUACAUUGAAUUGCAAUGGUAUGGAAUCCAUUGACAUCAACUUGGCAGAGGUAAUAGCUCUACAAACACCAAAACCGGCUACUGUUUGGGGUGUCACGGUUCCUGUGUACGACUGUGGUUGGGAAGCCAGCGAAUGGUUUUCAAGGAUGCUUAAUAAAACAGCAACUAGCUUUAGACUCGUUUACUACGCGUCGCAAAAUAGUCGCGAAUUAAGGGGAUCAACAAACAAAUUUUAUAAAUUUACAAAGAACGACACGGGUGCAUUGCCAGAUGAAGUACCUUUUAAUUUAAUAAAUCAAGCUUCGGUGGACGAUCUUAACAUGAGGCUAGAUGGCUGUCAGGUGACUCCGUGCAACUUUAGACCAAACUUCGUACUCACUGGAGCUAAACCCUACGAUGAGGACAGUUGGAAAUUCGUCAAAAUCGGCGAUAAUAUUUUCGAAAUUAUCAAGCCGUGCACCAGAUGUAUCCUGACAACGAUUGAUCCAGAAACCGGCGUGCGAAAUGCAAAAACAGAGCCGCUUGAAACACUAAAAGGCUACCGUCAAAUCGAAGAUCCCCGAGUACGCAAAUCAGCUGGAAACUCGCCACGCAUGGGCCUGCAGAUGUCACUGCGCUCUGGCCCAGGUGGUAUCAUAUCACUUAACGACACAAUAUACGCAGCAUAAGUGUUAUUAUUCAUUUUUAUUUAUUCUUGUUGUGCGUAUAAUUUUUUUUUGUAACAGUAAUAUAAUGUUAUAUUAAUUGUAAAGAUUAUUUUUCUUAAAUAAAUACACGAUAUAUUCUGGG